AUGGAAGAAGAACUUGUUGAAAUAGGUAUCAUAUCUCUUUACAAGUCAAACAUUGGUAGAACAAAAUUGGAAUUUGGGAUAACAAAGAUGAGGCGUUCCCAUCGAGAGGCUUCAAGUCAAGCAAAUGACAAAAAAAAAGAUAUGCCAAUUUUGAUCAUCCUUGAAUUCUAUGAUCAACUACUAAAAGAAGUCGCUUUUAAAGAUCCAGAUGGCAACAUAUUAGAAGUUGUUGAUGUGUAA